CGCCCAUCUCUGCUGUCUGAUGGCCGGAGCGAGCGUCUGACAUACUGCGCGUACUAGAAACACUCCAGCACCAGAGAACGACGCGUGUGGGACAUACAGAACGGCUGAAUCUGGAGCGAGCGUGGUGCUGGUCGCAUUCAUCACAACACAUUUGACCGAAGCGGUUUUUUUUGCAUCAGAAUCAGCGCUGUUACAGCUGUCGCGGCUGCGGGUUCGGGGAGUGCCGCUCCUCGCUGGCUGACUGACUGACUGACUGUCUGCAGGUCGGGCAGCUGUGGAUCUCUGCUCGCUGUUUACAGUCAAUGAUAGCUACACAACAAACUGCCCCGACUGAACACAGAUCAGCGCGAGCGCCAGUGUGUGGACUGAGUGAAGCCCAUCAUUUAGAGGAAAAUGAGCGAACUCGACCAGUUACGUCAGGAGGCUGAACAGCUCAAGAACCAGAUCAGAGAUGCACGGAAAGCAUGCGCGGACGCCACGCUCUCUCAGAUCACAGCCAAUAUUGAGCCUGUUGGGCGGAUUCAGAUGCGCACUAGACGGACACUGAGGGGACAUUUGGCAAAGAUCUACGCCAUGCACUGGGGGACUGACUCAAGGCUUCUUGUCAGUGCUUCCCAGGAUGGAAAGCUUAUUAUCUGGGACAGCUAUACUACAAACAAGGUGCAUGCUAUUCCUCUGCGCUCUUCGUGGGUGAUGACUUGUUCAUAUGCGCCAUCCGGAAACUACGUGGCCUGUGGAGGUCUGGAUAACAUUUGCUCCAUCUACAACCUGAAGACCCGUGAGGGGAACGUGCGCGUCAGCCGAGAACUGGCUGGACACACAGGUUAUCUGUCCUGCUGCCGUUUCGUGGAUGAUAACCAGAUUGUUACCAGCUCAGGCGACACCACCUGUGCUCUGUGGGAUAUUGAGACCGGGCAGCAGACAACCACAUUUGCAGGUCACACCGGUGAUGUGAUGUCACUCUCUCUGGCCCCAGACACACGCCUGUUUGUGUCGGGUGCCUGUGAUGCCUCUGCUAAACUCUGGGACGUCAGGGAAGGCAUGUGCAGACAGACUUUCACUGGCCAUGAGUCUGACAUCAAUGCCAUCUGUUUUUUCCCCAACGGGAAUGCGUUCGCCACAGGCUCGGAUGACGCCACCUGCAGGCUGUUUGACCUGCGUGCUGACCAGGAGCUGAUGAUUUAUUCUCACGACAACAUCAUCUGCGGCAUCACCUCUGUGGCCUUUUCGAAGAGCGGACGACUGCUGCUUGCCGGCUAUGACGAUUUCAACUGCAACGUGUGGGAUGCUCUUAAAGCCGACCGCGCAGGUGUUUUGGCGGGUCAUGAUAAUCGUGUUAGCUGCUUGGGUGUAACUGAUGAUGGGAUGGCUGUGGCUACAGGCUCCUGGGACAGUUUCCUUAAGAUCUGGAAUUAAAUCCGGAAGGUUCACUGGAAGACUAUUCCACAAUCAAAAUGUUCAAUUUUAUUCUCCAAUCUUCUUAAACACAACAGAACUGACCCCAACAUCUAUAAAUGACAAAAGAGCUAAAAUUUCUCCUUUGGAAAUAAUUUAAAAAAAGAGCACAAUUGUUUCACUCCACUAGAUUGUAGUUGGUAAGUGGAUUAAAGUUGGUAAUUGUGCAUUCCUUUUGGGACCAUUUUCUGAUCUUGUAUUGAAAGAACACAAAAGAUUCAUUCCACUGCUAUUGUCAUUAUGCUAACAUCAUCUGUCUUCAACACGAAAAGAAGCAGUUUUUCUAAAACAAACGAGCUCGAUGGCUUUCUGGGCCUUAUUUUGGACCCCACCCCCCUGUCAAUUGUUGAUUAAGGUUAAAAAUUAAGGAUCACAAGCUUAUCAAUCUUGUCAAAAUCAGAUCUGGGUCCACUAGCUGCUAUCAGGGGGGGGGGGGGUGUUUCUAGUUGCAAAUUUUGUUUGCACAAGUAAUAAAAUUUUGCAUAUAUAGAAUAAUGUUGAAAACUGUUAACUAACCAAGCACGUGCUGUUCACAAUGACGAAUGCUUGAUUUUCAAAGACAAACAAUGUCAAUUUUAACCAUGUCUCUCCUUGUGCUUUUUAUUUCCUUUUAAAAAUGUGGAGUAAUUCAGUGAAGAUUAACAAAUCAUUAUAAUAUUUUUUUCUUUAUUUUUCUUAUCCAAUUUUUCUCUAUCUGUUUGAUCUUGAUGUGGAGGAUGUUGACAGGUGGGAUGGGGCAGUUCUUCAUUUUUCGGUUUUAACAGAGGUGCCCGUUUUGUGCUUGGAAAUCAGUAACUACUCUGUGAAUGACAUGUUGUAUAAAUCAAUGUUUGAAAAUAAUGAUAUUGAAAACUUUUUAAGUUAAAAAAACAACAACAAUAUUUUGGUUGUCUGCCAUGAGUGGGAAACUCGUAGAAUCGCAUGCUGUAGAAUUGCUUAAAAGAGGUGCAUAUGGAACUUAAGUCCUUGAUGUUUUUCUUUAAAAAAAAAAAAAAAAAAAACUGUUAAAUAGAUCACAGUAUUUAUAUAUUUUUUUUCCUUUUUUUGUUUUCUUUUUUUGCUACUCUGUGCAUACAUAAUUCAGUUUAACAGUCAAAGCUAUGCACUUAAGAGAAGCAAACAUGUUGAUCACAACACAUGAAUGGUGAGCUGUUUCCUGUCCCUGGAGAGCUUGUGAAUCCCCACACACACACACACUGACCCUGUAAAAACACACACACACACUCAAAUAACUAGAACAAAGAAAGUCUCAUUCUCUCUGUAGCAAAACAAAAUUUCAUAUACAAAGACAAUGCUAGAGACAUUUUCUAAUGAACAGUUUUUUUUUGUUCUUUAAUAAAUAAUAAAAAAAAAGAAAAUAACGCAGAAUUUGAAUGGCAGAACUCUUCUCGACACGUAUCAAGAAAAGCUCUUUCCUUAGCUGUAGUGGCAUUUCUUCCAUUCUGUUAUUCCUCUGCGACAUUCUGUACAAAAACAAAAAAAGUGCUGUCAUUGUGCAUUAGGCCUGGAGUUGGCAAUGAAAAUAAAAGACUAAAAAUGAACUAAAUCUCCUUUCUCCCUCUUUCUCUGCCUCUCUUUGCCUCUUCCUUAUGAAUAACACACAGCUCUGUGCUCCCCACUGUACCCUUAUCCAUCUUUUGUAUUUAAUUUUAAAGUCUGUACAACAGAGAGCUGGAUGCAAGAUAGAAACUAUAUUAAAAUGUACUGUUAUUUAAGAUGUAAUAAACGCAGUUUG